AUUUGUUUAUAUCUAAAUGCUUUUUUUCUAACUGCAGUUGUCCUGCAUGCUGCUCUGUGGUCAGUCCCCACCGAGAAGGUUUACUAAGGUUCUACCAACCACAACCCUCUAUUGUUCGCUUGAGUUAUCCUAUGAAGUGUGGGUUCUGCGGUUUUCUGAGCUCAAGUCAAGAAGAUCUAUUGAGGCACCAUAGACUACGACACAGAAGAGGAUCUCACUGGCCCUGUAUCUACAGUGACUGUGUGUGUACCUUCAAAACACCUGGCGCGUUAAAAUCCCACCUUACCAGAUCACAUUGCAGGACUGUAAGAAGGCAGGUGACAUCUUCUUUUUUCUGCUUUGUUACUGCGAGUACACAUAAAUCCUAAACUUAUCCGGAAAGUCCAGCUGACGAAGACCCCUGAAUCUUUGGAGGAACUAAAAGAUGUACUACGAGAAAAACUUGAACUUGACGGUGAAUUUGCUGUACAGUAUGAAGACCCAGAUUUUGGGAACGCAGUGUGUAACCUGAUGGACAUUGCAGAGUUGCCACCAGAAAAGGCUGUCUUGCACAUUAUUUGGAAUAUUGAUGAAUCGCAAACACCAUCCCAUUCAUCCUCCAUCUCUUCCCUUGAUACAGCCAGCAUCAGUUCACCAGCCUCCUCCCACAGCUCAUCUUCAAUUAUUCGCACCUUCAUGCGAAACAUUUCAGAGUGGCCUUCUCCGUUUGUGGUCCCCUCUUUCUCAUAUGAUGUGGAGUUAAAGCUCCGUAAGGGCAAUGACAUUUAUGAAAAAACUGGGCAAGGUCUAAGUGUAACGAGAGACAUGAAAAUGGAAAUUCUAGACAAGCUGGCACAAGAAAUAUUUGCUCUGAAAGCCUACCCUGAGAAAUAUCAAAUAGUAUCGGUUGCCUCUGAACUUGUCAACAAACAUCCGUGCCUUAAGGAGCCUGGUAGCGGCACAGGAUACGAUGGUUGGACAACAAGCAUCAAGUACAAGCUUGGAAACUACCGUUCUAAACUGCGCCAGGCUGGAUGUAAUGAGGUCAGUGUAAACCGAAAAAGAGGGAGGGAUGACGAAGUUGAUGAGGGUAGGUUUUCCUUGAAAAAACCAAAGCGAGGUGAAGUCAAUCAUGUUCCUGAUCAUCCAGAAAACUACAAUGAUGAGACACUAGAAGACCAGAGAUGUGUCCUGGUGGGUGAAAUGAAAAAGAAGGGGAAAGACAUGGAAGUAAUCAGACAGAAGAUGGACCUCACAUUCUCCCUUAGGAGAAAGGAAAUCGUGGAGGUGGAGCCCAUGGUCUUGGAAAUCCAGGAGAGAUGGCCUGCUCUUUUUCUGAGAGAACAGAUUUGUGAGGAGUUCUACCGUGUCACUACUAAAGACCUGUUGGGGACCUUUAGAGCAGCCUUAGAUGAGUACUGUCCUAGACUGCUUAAGCUGUACCGUGCCAGGAGGGGAGCCUGUGGUCAACACAUGGAAAAUCUCUUGGAUAGGCUUGAUGAACAGACAUCUGAUAUUGCACUGCAUCGAAAGAAAACUUGUCUUGAAGGUCUACCCAUAUUUGUCCGUGACACAGCAGAGAAGCUCUUCCUGAAAUGCCUGGACACGGAUGCAGUAGAUGGGCAGACCAGAGGUGUCAAGAUGGGUAUCCUGACUGUUUUCGUAGAUGAUGCACCUACCUUGCAGCCCACAGUCAACAGUAUUGACAUUGUGUUGGAGGAGGCCAUUGUCCUCACAGAUCUUCCAGACCUCCCCACUGCAUUUGCCUACCUUUUCGGCCUGCUCUAUGCCUUGAACAUGGAGUUUCCAAAAGAACUCAAGUACACUUUUGAAGCUAUUCAGCACAUCUUCAUGGAACUUUCUGCCAGUUGCUCACAGCGUGUCAGGAGCUUGAAAACCAAGCUCUUACUGUAAGUUGUUGUCAUUAUGGCUGGCCUAAUCGGCCUUAGAGACCUUUCAAAAACUUUGUUUUAGAGUUGCCCACAUGUUUGCACUGUUAUUGUCAGGGUUUUUUGAGAUGUUGGCCUGCCUGUUUUGUGAUCACUCAAAGAGAAGUACAGUUAUGAAGUUGAGUAACAUGUUGUUGAGGCAGAGUAAGCAAGCCUAUUUUAAAUUGCCCAAAUUACAUUUGCACCGCAGUUGUGAUCCCUCAGUGAGAAGUACAGGUGUUGGAAGAGACUGUUGUCUUGCCAAUGUUUCUUGUGUAUAUACUGUAUAACUUGUUUUAAAAGUGAAAUAACAUGCUUAUGAGGCAUAGUAAGUAAGCCUAUCUUAAAGGAACACGCCGACUUAUUGGGAAUUUAGCUUAUUCACCGUA